AUGGAAAUAAAUCCAUUAAGUAUUAUUCUUGUAAAAAGAGAUAGUAAAGGUGAUAGAAUGUUAUUUAGAUAUCCGCAUAUGGAUAAUAAUAAAAGGGAUUCUAAUCAGUGUACAAAAAGAAAGAAUCCUUAUUCAUUGAUAAUAGCUGAAGAUUCAUUGCAGUCACUGCCGUGUCCAACAUCAAAUAUCACUAAUGGAAAUUUAUCUGGAUUAUCUGAUGAAGUAUUGUCGACGUUAUUUGCUGUUAAACCAGAGCUUUGUGAAAUGAAAUUCGAGUUAAAAUUAAAUAACGUACGAUUUGUUGGUCAUCCAACUUUGAUACCAUCAUCAAGGGGAAAAGAAGUUAAUUCUUCAAUGUUAUUUAAUGUUGUGUUUGCGUUACAAGCACAAGCUAAUCAAUCUGUUGUCAAGUGUUACCACGACUUGAGCAAAAGAUUAGGAAUAACACUCAGGCACGAAGAAAAAAGAUGUGGGUUUCUAACGGAGGAAAUAAAAAUGAUGGUAUCUACUCUUGAUGAAAUAGCGACGAGGUCUGAAGAAGAAAGUGAAGGAGAAGAAUCGCCGUAUGAAUUGAUACUAAAAAAAAGUUUGCUCGCCAAAGAUUUAAAAUCAGCAUUCGACAGCCUCUGUAACACAGGAAUUGUCAACCUAAUGAUUAAUAAAUGGACAUUGGUUAAUUUUUGCCUACCUCAAAAAGUACACCAAAUCCACAAAAAAGGAUUCAUAAUGAAUCCUGAAAUGAUUGAUAGAUGUUUAAAUAGUUUAAGACCGUACCACGGCCUACUUCUGUUAAUUGAGCCGGUGGACUUAUUAGAAUCAUUACCAACCGAUGCAUCUCCUGCACUGAGACGAAUGAUUCAGAUGUACAAUCCCCUGAAAAGUCUUCAAACUCUGGCUGCUGAUACUGAUUUAUCACUAGCGCAAAUUUUUCAACUAACCGGACACCUAGUUUAUUGGGCAAAAGCUACUGUGAUAUAUCCGCUGUGCGAAAGCAAUGUUUAUGUAAUUUCACCCGACGCUGUCAUUUCUAAUCAACUUAUGGAGUCAUUCAUUGAUCAAUUUCCGGGAUUGAAUCUUUUACAAAUUCUAAGUGAAUUUUCAUUACCGACGUCAAUUAGCGAGAAAUUGAAUCCAUUAGGGCAACCACAGCAGCAACAACAGAUAGUAAAAAUAAUUGUUUGGUUAUUAAAAAAUCGUCUGCUCCUGCAAUUGCAUACAUAUGUCCAAUUUAUGCCGACCGAUCACGGACGAGAUUCAGCGGAGACGAGAAAUCAAGACGGCUUGAGUCCAAAUAGAGCCACGGAGAGCGACAGCAGCUGGAGUUAUAACAAUACACCCAAGGGAAUAUCCAGUGAGAUGAGAAUCGAUAGAUCAAUCUCAAUGUCCAAAGAAGAAGAAAUCUUCGAAUACCGAUCUGAGAAUUUUCCAAUCUCUUCCGAGGAUAUAAUGCUGCUCGAUAAGCUUUGCGGGCUGAAUUAUUUUGACGGAAGGCACCAUCUCGAAGAAAUAAUGUAUCUUGAAAAUAUACGUCGAUCUCAAUUGUUAGAAAUUUUAGAAAAAUUCCGUAAUAUUUUAAUAAUAUCCAAGCACGAGGAUCCAGCAAUAACAUUGUUUUAUUCUCAACAUGGUUUUUCAUAA